AUGAGCGAGCGCUCAAAAAGUGCUUUAGAGUCGCUCGAGCGGAGCAAGGCGAGCUUGGGCCAGCUGGUCGAAGAUGCCGCAAAGAUAGUAGGAGCGGAUUUGAUCUCCGAAGUGGACGGUGUGAAGAACGAUGGUCCGAACAUCCAGCCAACCGCUCGAUACACCUUCAAGGAGCAAUGGAUCCUACGAUGGCUACUUCGACGGUUCAUCGCAACGGACACGAUCCAAGUCAAUGGAAGCAAGAUCGAGACCACCAAACCACAGCUUCUCGACCCUCGUCCAUGGAAGUUGCUAUUACACCUACUACAGACCAUACCAGCGCAGACGUUGACGGAAGUUCUCGUCGAGCGAAAGUUCGGACCGCAUUUCUCCGAAACACUUGCUCGCUAUCUCGAACUUCGGACACAAGCAAAUGGAAGCAACACAGUAUCCAGCAACAGUGCCCCAAAUGGUACCGAGCACGAAAGGUCGCCCAAGCGGAGACGACUAUCGCCAUCACCUGAGAGCAUAGUCGCAACGAGUCCAAUAGACCAACUCGUAAUGCAGAUAUGUGCCGUCUGUGCCGGACUAGGCGGGUCAGCGCAGAACGACAGCCAAGAGUCCUUCACAGCCUUAUGGUCCUCGAUUGACUCGUGUGCCACCUUCGUUUCGCAUGCCCUACGGUUGGCCUUGACUAUGCUAGACAACUCUGGCCAGACUGAGUCGACUGCAAGCUCUGUGCAGACAAUACUAAGCCUUUGGGACUCAUGGCAAUCUGCUGGUGGCAUUUUCAAGACCGCUGACGCGAAAGUCUUCAACAAGACCUGUUUGUCUCUGUGUCUAGAGGUAGGGACGGCGUUGAGGCCCUGCAAAGCACCGACCUUCAAUAACGCAAAGAAUGCAAUCGAAGCACAAAUUGCCCGAUCUACAGUGCUUCCGUUACGAGAACGGUUCAAUAAGAAGUAUCUCAGACAAUGGACAUCAGUAGGCGGCUGCCUGACAUGGACGCUGAUCGAACCGUUCGCAAGAGAAGUGCGCGACUUCCUGUCACCGCUCUCAGACCGAGGAGUUGCUCAAAGGGCCGACCAUCUAUUCGACAUUGCAUUGCGGCUUAUCCCAAAAUACGAUACCCGCACAAGACAGCGUGAGCAGCCAUGGUAG